AUGUACAAAUUCGUGUGUGUCUUGUGCUCUGCUCUGCUGCUGAGUUAUGUCUGGGCCCGUCCGCAGGAUGCGCGCGCAGCUGGAGCAAUAACAACAACAACAACGCCAGCCAGCAUCAUAAAGCAGGAUAAUGUGAACAAUGCCGAUGGCAGCUUCAACAGCAGUUAUGAGACAUCGAAUGGCAUAAGGGUGGAGAACAUUGGCUACUUGAAGAAGAUCAUCAUACCGCGAACGGAGACCGGCGAUGGCCAGGUAAUUGAAGAGCACGAGGAGCUCGUACUAGUGCAAACUGGCUCCUAUAGCUACAGCGAUCCGGAGGGCAAUCUCAUCACCCUACGCUAUGUGGCCGACGAGAAUGGCUUCCAGCCGGAGGGUGAUCAUCUGCCAGUUGCGCCGCAAUAG